AUGUCGAGAUUUGCAGCUCUUGCAAUCAUACUCCUUUUCUCCCUUCCUAACCAUGCUGACUCUGUCAGGUUGUCCAGGCCGGGGAAAUUAAAUCGAGAAAAACCAUUGCUGGCUGCUAAAUUAUCAACGCCUGCUGAAUUCCUUGCUGCUCACAACAAGAUCAGGGAUAUGCACAAUUUAACGCUCUUGGCGUGGGACCAGAAGUUAGCUGGAUAUGCUCGCUGGUGGGCCGACACCCGCCUUGAUAACUGCAGGAAAUUGCUACACUCUCCCAAUAGCCCUUAUGGAGAAAACUUGUUCUGGGCUCUACGGGAUCACUGGAAUGCAUCCAAGGUAGUCAAGUAUUGGGGUGAUGAAAGGAAUCUUUACGAUCCAAAUACAAAUGAAUGCAUCGACAACAGUAUCUGCGGGCAUUAUACACAGAUUGUAUGGAAUGCGACUCAGCGUGUAGGCUGCGCCCAUGUUUUAUGUCACAAUAUUCAAGGUCACCUGUUUGUUUGCUCCUAUGAUCCUCCGGGGAAUAUUUACUAUCAUGGUCCAUUUGGUGGCCGUUUUAACAAAUCUAUCGUGAAUCCUCCGUCGCCUAAUAAUGCAAGCUCAACAAUUCUAGGAAGUCAAUCUGGGAUCACCGGGAAUAAAGCUAAUUAUAUUGUCUCAAGCACCACUGGGCAUCCAGCUAAUAAGACCUAA